CUUUGCCGCCGCUCAUUUUGCGGUCCCGCGGGGCUCCAGACCUGACUCCUUCCAACCAUCGCAACCCGUUGUUUAAUUCCAAGAAAAGAAAGGAAACAAAGGAUCAGAGAAGUCCUCAAUUAUUCUUGUUGCUCUCCCAUUUUUCUUCUUUUACGACAUACUCAGCUCUAUAAAAGAAGCCCAUAAUCAGCUAUCGUCGCAUCCAGCAUCAUCACCAACCAUGGACAGACAACAACCUAGCUCCUUCCAGCAGCUGGAAAAGCUGGGAGAAGGUACCUAUGCUACUGUGUUCAAAGGGCGGAAUCGUCAAACCGGGGAACUGGUCGCGUUGAAGGAAAUUCAUUUAGACUCGGAGGAAGGGACGCCGUCGACGGCCAUUCGCGAGAUCUCAUUGAUGAAGGAACUCAAGCACGAGAGUAUCGUCUCACUCUACGACGUGAUCCACACGGAAAAUAAGUUAAUGCUCGUUUUUGAGUUCAUGGACCGGGAUUUGAAGAAGUACAUGGAUACGCGGACCGAGCGCGGCCAGUUGGACCACGUUACCAUCAAAUCGUUCAUGUACCAGCUGCUCAAAGGAAUUGCAUUCUGCCACGAUAACCGCGUUUUGCACCGUGACCUCAAGCCUCAAAACCUUCUGAUCAACAAGCGGGGACAGCUAAAACUGGGGGAUUUCGGGUUGGCCCGGGCUUUUGGCAUUCCCGUCAAUACCUUUUCGAAUGAAGUUGUCACUUUGUGGUAUCGGGCUCCAGAUGUUCUAUUGGGUAGCCGGACGUAUAAUACGAGCAUCGAUAUCUGGUCCGCUGGCUGUAUCAUGGCGGAAAUGUACACCGGUCGUCCUCUGUUUCCGGGAACAACCAACGAAGACCAGCUACUAAAGAUCUUUCGGCUAAUGGGGACCCCUUCGGAACGCACUUGGCCCGGCAUUUCGCAGCUCCCGGAGUAUAAGCCUAAUUACCAGGUCUAUGCGACUCAGGACCUUGGCUUGAUUAUCCCGCAGAUCGACCCGCUUGGCUUGGACAUACUAAACCGGAUGCUGCAACUUCGACCGGAGCUUCGUAUUAGCGCCAACGAUGCCCUGCAACAUCCAUGGUUCCACGAUCUUGCUCAAUUGCAGUUCCAGCAGCAACAAGCACAACAGCAACAGCAAAUGAUGGGUGCAUAUGGGAUGAUGCCACCUCAACAACCAUAUUAACUUCCUUGGUCCUCGUCUUUCGCAGCGCAUUCUUUUUUCGAUUAAUUCUGUUUUUCCUUUCUUCUCUUGUUUCUCUUAUGAUCUCGAUCUUGAAUAGCAUAAUGAGUAUGAUGACGUCUGACAUAUUUAGAGUAACCAGGAAAGCAUGGCGUUAUACCCCAAAGAACGAUAUGAUUCGAAUUGAUGCUACACUACUGCCUUGUGCGAGAUUUUUUUUUUUUUUUCUUU